AUGCAGCUACUCGGCGCCUCACUUAUUCUGACCUUGUUGGUCCACACACGUGUCUGCCUUGCUGCCCUCCGCAUGGGCUGGCAUAACGCCCCUGAACCAGGUCGGCCAGCGAAAGCGCGUGCUUAUGCAGAUGGCCAGCUAAACAGCGUGUUGAAGCACCCGCGACAAGCAUCCCCUCCCAUCACCACAGUGCCGAAAUGCGAUGACUAUGACGGGUAUUUCUAUGUCACACCACGAAACUACACCUGGCAGCUACAGUGCGCCACCAACUACAAUGGAGACAUCUUGUCCCAGGCCAAUGCAGCCAACUUCAGCGCCUGCAUUGGCGCCUGCGUCGAUUACAACCGAGCAAACACGCCCGGGGCUUGCUUAGGUGUAACGUUCAACGGACCUAGCGACGGCGCAGCUGGGCUGUGUACACAGUAUGAAGAGGUUACUGGGCCACUAUUUGCCGACGAAGAAGGAAACGUACAAGACUCCGCCCUCCUGAUCCUGGGCCCGGAUGGACAGAUAUUUGCAACACCCCAGCCAGAUCCAACCUUCUCUGGAGCACCGACCCAAGGACCCUCGGUUGAUCCCGUGCGUACGACUUCAACCACUGGUUCGGAAGGACUCAGCAUCACUCCCGCAAUCUCAACCACAAGCUCAAGCUCGGCAGAAUCCAGCACUCAUACUGCAGGCCUGGUCACAACGACCACCAUUACAAGCACGCUGUUUGUGACCUCGUGUCCCCCGGAAGCUGCAGGAUGCCUUCCGUCUCCUAGUACUUCUUCAACGUCAAGCACCGACUCCACCAGCAACGGUGCGACUAGUUUGUCCUCCUUCACAACUACGAGUGUCUCCGUGUCGCAAGUGAGCGCCACCACGGGCCCCUCGACCUUCUCACAACCUUCCACGUCAAGGUCAAGCACAGGAGGGCCAACAACAACCUCCACAACAUCAACCCCCGGAGGUUUGACGGUGGAUCCUGUUCAGGCAACUUUUACAACCGUAGUGCCCUUCACAGAGUACCAGGUACAGAUCGUGGAGAUAUGUGCAGCCACCCCAACUCCGUGCUCUCAAUCACGAAUUACAUCAACGGCAGUUGGGUAUCGGACCGAGAUAUCCUGUUCUCCCGGCGCUUGUUCCGGAAUGAUGGUGGCCACUAGCUUGAUGGCUGAUUUUGCGGCGACAGGGCUGUGCGUUUUACUCUGA